AUGCCCAAGAAAAUCCUCACCGUCUUCGGCGCAACAGGAAACCAAGGCGGCUCCGUUGCAAGAGCCAUCCUGUCUGACCCCUCCACGGCCGCAGAAUUCCACGUUCGAGCCGUCAGCCGUGAUCCGUCGAAGGCUGCUUCGAUUGCGCUUGCUCAGCUGGGUGCAGAACUGGUUCAGGCCGAUCUGGACGAUAAAUCCUCCCUCUGGCCUGUGUUAAAGGAUGCGUAUGCGGUGUAUCUCGUGACGAAUAUGGCUGAGCAUAUGGAGCCGGCGAGGGAGACGAGGCAGGGGAUGAAUGUUGCGGAUGUUUGCAAGGAAACGGGCGUCAAGCACCUUGUUUGGAGCAGUUUGCCGUAUAUUAGCAAGAUAUCCAACGGAAAAUACACAGCAGCCGCGCACUUUGACGGCAAAGCGCUCGUGGACGAGCACAUCCGCUCGCUGGAAAUCCCACACACAAUCAUCCGGCUGGGAACAUACACAAGCUUUCUCCUCGACUCUCUCGUUCCCGUCCCAAGCGACCCCUAUCGCUAUGAGAUGUAUUUCCCCCAGCCAAUGAGCCUAACCUCUAAGCUCCCCCUUAUUGAUCCCGCCGCGGAUGUGGGAAAAUACGUCAAGGCCAUCCUGCUGCAUCCCGCGAAGACGCUGUCGCGCGCGUAUAACCUCGGCGAGCGGUACUAUAGCGUUGCAGAGAUUAUAAAGAUUCUGCAAAGGAAUGGGGUCGCUGUUGACUUGAAGGUGAUAUCCCAGGAAGACUUCAAGGCGGGGCUUGCGGCCAAGGGGGCACCGGAGUUCUUUCGGGAGGAUCUCGUGCAAGUAAUUGCGUUUGGGGUUGAGUUUGGGUUUUUUGAGGAUGGGAUUGAGGAGGGGCAUCAGCUAUUGGAUGAGCCCCUGACGUCGCUGGAGGAAUCGCUCAAGGCGAGUCCGAGCUUUGCUGCUCUCGAGAAGGUUCUGAUUUAG